AUGGUACAGCAGCAAGAACAAGAGGAUCAACAACAGCAACAACAACAUAUUCAGCUGGACCGACAACAGCAACAACAACAUAUUCAGCUGGACCGACAACAGCAACAACAACAUAUUCAGCUGGACCAACAACAGCAACAACAACAGAUUCAGCUGGAUCAACAACGACAACAACAAAAGGGGCAACAGCAACAAUCAAGUCAGAAACAGUCAUUUCUUCAAAAUCUACGAAAGUCAGUAUUUGUACGCGAGAUUGAGGGCCUUUCAUUAAAUUGGUGGUCAUCUGGUCGAAAGACAAAGAAUAGCAGUGUUGUUCCUAUUUUUGGUGAAGAUGAAUCAGAAAGUAGUCCGGCAACGACGACGGGUCAACAAGACCGUGAGGUUGGCAAUCAAAACCGUCAACUUUCCCCCGUCAUAGGUGUUGGAGGCGACUACACUAUUCAAACCUACUCAUCGCGUAAACACGUUCCUAUGCCAGAUUUUAGGGAUGUUGAAAACGAAAAACAACAUCAUUGGAACAAGAUUUAUCAAAUUCAAUCUUAUAAUCAUUCGAAACUUAUUCAAUUAGAACAUACAAAAACAGAGAUUUCCACAGCAUGUGAACAAAUACCUCCAGAGAAUAUGACACGUUUCAAUAGGACUAUCCAUUCAAUUCCAUUGUAUGUUGAGCAAAAUGUAGUCAUCACGGAAACGAUGGUCGAUCAGGCACAUCAAUUGGCCUUUCUACUUAUCAAUCUUGCCAUUCGUGUUUUCAAGAUCUCCAAAAAAACAUUACAUCUUUUUCGGGAUGUUGAUAGUGGUAAAAUAGCGUUCAAUUACGAAGGAGCGCUUUUUUUCAAUCUUCGUUAUUUUGAACAAAUCUUCGCCAANUGA